ACCAUGACUGCAAAAAUGUUACAGGCGAUAGGGACGUAACAAUAUUACAGUUAGCUACAAUUAAUUAUAAAUAGAAAUUAAAAACUAGAAAGUUUAUCUAUCAAGUUUUCAAUAAGUGAUAAGGUUUUGCAUCAAGUAGUGUUGUGUGGCCGCAACUGUGUUACUGGAGUUGAGACCGAGGGACCAGGACGCUGGAACCUUAGAUUCAGAAAGAUGUAUCAGACCAAAUCAGACAUAUCUCGUCAUGACUGGAUAUCACUUCACACCUCACUUCUGGAAGAAGAAAGGAAAACAGAAGUUUCAACAGCUCAAAGCCAGGAAAAGGAUUUAACCCUUAAGGAACUGGAGCUACGUGGAGUUGUUCUGUCAAAGUUGAACAUAAAGGAAAGAUCUACUGGGUUAUAUGGCAGGCCUAUGUACACAUUCAUCUCAUCCAGGAAAGAUGCUACACUCUCCACUAACAGUUUUUCCUCUGGUGACAUAGUUGGUGUCCAUGAGUAUGGGGCAAGUGAACGAAAACAACUGACAUCUGGAGUUGUGACACGUGUCUCACAAUCUUCAAUUCAGAUAGUUCUUGAUGGAGAUGCAGAUGAACUAGAUUCCACUGCGGAUGGAGCUCUACUUUAUCUUCACAAGUUAGCCAAUAAUGUGACAUACCAGAGAAUCAAAACUGGUCUUGAAGAACUUGGAAAAUUAACAGUUGGUCGAUCUUCUCACCUGACAUCUGUAUUGUUUAAUGAAGAAGCACCUAAAUUAAUUUCGCCUCGCCUUCCUGAACUGCUGUUGCAAUCAAAUGGGGAUAUUAUGCUCUUCAAUGAAAGGCUUGAUGAUUCUCAACAAGAGGCAGUUAGUUAUGCUGUGAGACGUAAUGAUUUAGCCAUAAUACAUGGUCCUCCAGGAACAGGGAAAACCACUACAUUGAUAGAAAUUAUUAGACAGCACAUCAAGUUGAAAUCAAAAAUACUUGCUUGUGCCCCAUCCAAUUUGGCAGUAGAUAAUUUGGUUGAACGACUUGCUGCAGUGGGCGUAAAUGUUGUUCGAAUUGGUCAUCCAGCUCGAGUUACAUCUCUUACACAGAAAUACACACUUGAUGCAAUUUUGCAUAAUUGGCAAUUGAAGCAUCAUGUUACCCAUCAAUAUUAAGAGCUCCCAAAGUGAUUUUAGCUGGUGAUCACUGUCAGUUACCCCCAACAAUUCUUUCCCAAGAAGCUGCUGCAAAGGGCUUGGCACUUUCAUUAAUGGAGAGGCUGAUUGAACAUGCUUUAAUGUUGAUUGACACUGCUGGGUGCGACUGCUACGAGCUGAAUACUCCGGAGGAGCAAAGUAAAGGCAAUAGGAACGAAGCUAUUGUCGUCAGUUGCCACGUGAAGAAUCUCUUGGCUGCUGGUGUUCCUGAGACUGACAUUGCUGUCAUUACGCCCUACAAUCUGCAGGUUGAACUAAUCCGAAGCUUGCUACGAAACCAUCACCCUCAAGUUGAAGUUCGAUCUGUAGAUGGAUUUCAGGGAAGAGAAAAAGAAGCAGUUGUUAUAUCUCUUGUUCGUUCAAAUGAAGAAGGAAAAGUUGGAUUUCUAAGUGAAAAUCGUCGUCUCAAUGUAGCAGUCACCAGAGCACGCCGCCACUUGUGUAUUGUUGGUGAUAGUGAAACCGUUACCAGACAUACUUUUUUGAAGACUUUGAUAAAUUACCUAUGUGAGCAUGGUAUUGUUAGAAGUGCUCAUGAAUUCCAGAAUGACAUUGAUACUGUUGAUGUUGAAAUGCCAGAAAGUUUGAUACUAAUACGAGAUAAGGACCUGAAAAAGAGCAAGCCAGAUAGCACAAGUGAUUAUAAAAAAGUAAAGCAAAAAAAAGCCUCCAAACCUCCACCUCCAACAGAAGAAGAAAACAGGAAACGAAAGAUUGAGUUUGAGAAGAUCAUCAAACAGUUCUUGGACUCGCCUUCACAGACCCAUUCGUUUGCUGCCAACUUGAAUUCUUAUGAAAGAAGGUUGAUACAUGAAAUUGCUGGAAGUUUUGGGUUGAAGCAUGAAAGCCAAGGGGAAGGCGAAGAACGACAUAUUGUAAUUAGAAAAGCAGGUGAAGGAGAAAACCAAAGUGAAAAAUUGCCUUCGACAAAAGAAUCAAGUGAGGACAGCAAAGAUGAAAUUGAAGAAGAGCAACAGGUUUAUUCCCUUAAAAGAGAAUAUGAGGAAAUAAUUGAUGAUUUCGUAGGUACACAUGCUAAUACAUAUAAAUUUCCCCACAGUCUUAGCGCACAUGAAAGGCAGAUAGUUCAUGCAGCAGCAGAGGAAAGAGGCCUGAAACAUGAAAGUAUUCAAGAAGGGAAGAAACGUUAUGUUAUAAUACAUAAUAAAAAUAGUCCGCUUUUGGUUCCUAAGAAUGAUGAAAGGCUGAACUCCUCUAUUGAUGGGAGCAAAGUAAAUACGUUAAAAGUAGAUGACUCUAGUGACUCGCAAGCAUUGUUUACUGGUGCUAUACCAAAAGCAGGUGUGAUAAGUAAUAAUGAAAAUGUUAGACCCAGGUCUAACGUUGUAACUCAGACACGUUUCAUUGAUGGAAAAUACCAAGAAGUGACCAUUAGUACUGAAAGUAAUGUGGAAAAUAAAUUGCCAACAAAGGAAUGUAGAUCUUGCAGAAGAAAUAUAUUACUUCAGAAUUAUACUGUUCACAGUGUACACUGUGAGAAGCAGAAGGCUGUAAGAGAUGAAGAGAUUAAAAAUAAAACAAAGAAGCCGGAAAAGAAAACAAAGAAGAAAAAUAAAACUACUCAGUCAGCAGAAAAGGAGGACUUUGACACUAUUUUAGAGAACUUUACUAAGGUACGUAAGUGCACCAUGAGAAAACUUUUAACCCCUCAUGCCGUUAAGGAUUCGGCGCUAUCAACCCUCAAGGUCUGGGUAGGAGGAUUUGGGCGGAAUGUCAAGUCCAAGCAACCCUACAUGCUGACAGAGGAUAUGGCCUCCUUGAUCUAUCCUAAUGCGAAGAUGUCGGCAGCGGUAGCGGCGGACUUGGCGGCCCCGAUCAUAGCCAAGAUCCGUGAAGAGACCCAGGCCCUGCCGGAAGACCUGGAAGGUUUUGGAGAGGAGGUACUUGACGAGGUGGCAGCCAUCAAUCUGGACCAUGAGCCCAUGGUUGUCGACAACCCGGGUCAAGGUAGGGAGUUAAAUGAGGCAGGUGGUAUGCGGGCUAAAGUUCUGUCCUUUAGCCCGUCUCAUUCCUCUUCUUCCUCUUUUCAAGGGUUUGCUGGGAGACCUACGACUUCUAGGGACAAGUCGGGCUCAGUAAUCCCUAAGGUAAAACCAACUAAAGACACCCAUAGGUCUAUUAAGAAGUCCCUUCCUAAGCCUUCUAAGCCAAAGCCGAUUAGGACUAGCUGCACCAGUACGUCUUCAGCCCCCGAGCUGAUGGCGGACUUGGCAAAAGCUGCUCCCCCACGACAGGGGUUGAGAGCUAGAGGGUCCAAACCCGGAUCUCAGGAUCCUGGCUUUGACCCGGCAACAUUCUCCAGCAUGCUUAUGCAGGAGAUGGGGAACUUGGUGCAAACCAAGUUCCAAGAGAUCUCAGCACAGCUGGUCUCUAGCAUGGAGAAGACCAUUAGUACUGAAAGUAAUGUGGAAAAUAAAUUGCCAACAAAGGAAUGUAGAUCUUGCAGAAGAAAUAUAUUACUUCAGAAUUAUACUGUUCACAGUGUACACUGUGAGAAGCAGAAGGCUGUAAGAGAUGAAGAGAUUAAAAAUAAAACAAAGAAGCCGGAAAAGAAAACAAAGAAGAAAAAUAAAACUACUCAGUCAGCAGAAAAGGAGGACUUUGACACUAUUUUAGAGAACUUUACUAAGGAAAACAAUACUUGUUCUCAACCUAAGUGCAAAACUCCAACAACUGUGAUAUUCCAACUUUGUCCAUUUUGUAGAAAAACAUUUUGCUUAUCUCACCAUAUGGCUGAAAUUCACGGUUGUGGUGAACAAGCUCGAAAACAUGCAAGGAUGAUGGUGAGUCAGGAAGGCGUUUUGUAUCCUGGGAGUGGAGUGCCAUCAAAAAAACCUUCCGGAGAGAGGCGGAAGCAGAUGCAAAAAAAGUUAGAAAAGAAAAUGGAUGAGCUAGAAAGCCAAAGGAAAUCCAAGAAAAGUUCAAAGGACAAAAGUUAGAAGAAAAAUUUUUUUACACUCUUGUUGUGUAUGUAGGUUAAGUUGGAUUAUUUUCAUUAUGUUCUGCAAACUCAUCACUUAGAAUACCAACCUUUUUGUGGUCUUUGAAUACCCUAAACAUUGCAGUCUUUUGUCUAACACAGACCCACUAUACAUUCAUUACCUUGCCCCUUAAGGAGUAGUCAGUAACUACCUAGCCUCAAUUUUUGUCUCUAUAGCUGUUACAAGCUGAGCAAAAGUUCCAGAAUUUCUUUACUUCAGAAUUGCAGAAAGCUCCCUGUUUCCAUUAUUUAUUUUGCAGCUUUUGCAUCUUUUUUGACACAGAUUUCCCCGUUUAUCUUUAUUGGGUAAUCAUGUUAGGUCUUUUGAUCCCAAACAGGACAACUUUGUCAUCCAUAGUUUUGACCUGCCCUUGGCCAGUGCACUAUUUGACAUUGUUGCGUAUGUAAAGCUGAGGAUGGAAGGCAGAGGAUCCAGCAAGUGAAACAGUAGACACAUGGCCAGUUUUCUUAUUUUCUUGCCUCUGAACCAUGGCCACAUAGUUCACAGGCGCUUCUUCACUUUUCUCCAAUUGAGGCUCUUUUAAAACGGGAACCAUUCCCCUUUUCUCUUUUCUCUGUUAACUUUACAGAUUGGAUUGCCUCAUGUGGGAGUUCGUAUUCAUGGGCAAUUGCCAGGAAGGGGUGUUAGGGAUUGCCAGUUUUCUGUUUUCAGAAGUAACCAAGUCACUGGAGGAUGUUAAGAGUCCAAAAGAAUGGUGGUGUAUAUUAGGCAAGCUUUCUUCAUACUUCAGAAUGAUGGUGGACCUCCUUGACAGUUUAUUAUUAUUAUUAUUAUUAUUAUUAUUAUUAUUAUUAUUAUUAUUAUUAUUUUUUAUUUUUUAUUUUUUUUGCUCUAUCAUAGUCCUCCAAUUCGACUGGGUGGUAUUUAUAGUGUGGGGUUCCGGGUUGCAUCCUGCCUCCCUAGGAGUCCAUCACUGUUCUUACUAUGUGCGCCGUUUCUAGGAUCACACUCUUCUGCAUGAGUCCUGGAGCUACUUCAGCAUCUAGUUUUUCUAGAUUCCUUUUCAGGGAUCUUGGGAUGGUGCCUAGUGCUCCUAUGAUUAUGGGUACGAUUUCCACUGGCAUAUCCCAUAUUCUUCUUAUUUCUAUUUUCAGAUCUUGAUACUUAUCGAUUUUUUCCCUCUCUUUCUCUUCAACUCUGGUGUCCCAUGGUAUUGCGACAUCAAUGAGUGAUACUACGUCACGUCUGGUCUGUUUGCACGUAUCACCCUAUCCGUUCUGAUACCAUAGUCCCAGAGGAUCUUUGCCUGAUCGUUUUCUAUCACUCCCUCA